AUGGGCGCCUGUAAAUCAACUCAAUUUGGCUGCUGUAUUGCUCUUGACAGCGACGAAUCAAUUAUCUUGGAUAAACCAACUGGCCGAGAAACUCGUCAUGGUCCCGGCUGGUUUUGCUUCCCGAAUUGGUGGGAAGCUCGUGUGGUGAAAUCGAUACCGCUGCAGAAUAACGAAUAUCUUGUCAUUAAACAUGUUAUUCUUCCAAAAAGUACGAAGACAAACCGAUCGGACAGGAUCCCCUUGGAAAAACGCGUCACGUCAAAUGAAAACGACGAGUUAAUCAAUGAUCCUGACAUGCAGCUACUUGAAAUUAUUCGUGGACCACAAAUCUAUCAUAUCAACAAUCCAUACGAUAUAAUCAGUGGAAUUAAACCAAUGAUCGAUCUGUCAGCUACACAAUAUAUUACCGUUACGGACAAAUUAACUGGAGCCAAAAGAGUGGAAUCAGGCCCGAAAUUAUUCUGUCCGAAACCAUACGAUGCAAUUAGCGAGGUCCAUAAUAUGUACAAUUUGUCAUCGACAGAAUAUAUUAUCGUUACAGAUGAAUCCACUGGAGAAAAGCAAACAGUCACUGGUCCGAAACUACAUCUACCGAAAGCCUACGAUAAAGUAUCACCAGUAUACAACUAUACUGUGCUCAAUCAUGCACAGUACUGUCGUAUAAUUGACACGCGCACUGGUGUGAUGCGUAUUGAAAAAGGUCCGAAAACAUUUGCACUUGGACCGUACGAACUACUAAAAGAAGAUAAUCGUCAAACAAUUUUCAAUAUCAUUAACAUCGACACAGAGAAUGCAGUAUUAGUUAAAAAUCUUGAUACAGGCAUGGAUGAAUUGAUUACUACACCACAGAAGUUUAUUCCAUCAUUCACGCAAACAUUCAUUGAAAUCAGAAAAUUAAUCAAAUUAGCUCCAUACGAAAAUAUGAUUUUAAUCGACAAGGAUGGUCAACAUGUCCUGAAAAACGGUAUGAAAGAUAAAUCAUUCUUUCUGCACCCGUAUCAACAGAUAUAUACGCAACAAUGGUCAAAUGAUCUGAAAAAGGAUCAUCAAUCGACCACAUCUGUUGAUCGUUUUGAUACAAGAAAUCAGUAUAUGGAUUACGAAUUUCUUGUUCGGACAGCAGAUAAUGUUGAAAUCAUCCUUGAUGUCUCAAUCUUCUGGCAAAUCACAGAUUUAUACAAACUCGUUCUUGUUACACAAGAUCCUCCGGAAGAUAUUUGUAAUCAUACUCGUUCGGAGAUCUUAAGUCAAGUAUCGAAGUACAAUAUGAAAGAGUUUAUGGAAUUACCGAAUAGUCAGUUAAUUGCUUCAGUCAAUUCAGACAAGGAUGACACAUUUUUUGAGUCUCGUGGUGUCAAUGUCAUUCGCGUUGAAAUUUUACAAAAACGCUGCAAGGACCCCGAAAUUCAAAAGAUUUUCAAACAAAUUAUCGAUGAGAAAACGAACCGUAUCAAGAACAUCGAGAAACAAGAAGCUGAAAAUGAAGUCAAACUCUGCGAUUUGAAUGGUCAAAUUGAAGCAGAGAAAUUAGUUGGAACAUUGCUUAAAAUCAAGAAAGAAAACGAACGAGAAGAGAAUGUCGCCGAUGGUAUCGCUGAAGGCAGUCGUAUUCAAAAUUUCAUCGGUAAUCUUGGCGAUGAUGUGCCAUUGGAAAAGAAAUUACAGGUCUAUUUUGACAUACAAAACACCAAACGUUUGGACAUGUUAGCUCGUUCGAAUACGACACUCUAUUUGACACCGAAAGAAGUCGAUACGAAGGUCAUCAAUGUCAAUACCGUUCACCCAACGAAUGACUUAGUCCAAUCAAACACUCAAACUCGAAUGAAUAUCGAAGUUUGA